UAUUUAAUCAAGAAGCAGACUAAACUCUUUAAGAACCAGCUCUAUGUAAAAUAUGGUGUGCUAUAUCAUGGAAAAUAAAUAAAUGUGACUCUGGGUAACACACUUUUAAAUACCUCCCACAGUACCGCCGAGAAAAUCCUGCCAUCCUGGAUACAGGACAUGAAGGGUUUCUUCGGAACCCUACCGGACAUUGUGAACAGCGACCAGAUCGAUCUGAACGUGAAUUUCCAGGAGAUGUUUAGGGGUAACGGAACCGCCCUGGCCAGACUGAAGGCUCAGUUCACAGCCAUGCAGGAUACUGUGGAAGUCACAGCCCACGUGGCCCAGAAGGUCAUCGCCCCCUUCUUCAUCUUGAUGCUGCUGGGGAGCUCUGUCAGUUACCUGGUCAGGUAUCUCACAGACCUAAAGCAUGACAAUGUGUGUCAGACGGUCCGGCUACAGGAGUUACUGAGGACCCGGGGGGUGGAGGAGCUCCCAGAGGCCUACAGGAAGAGGCUGGUGAGGACCAGGGGCUGGAGGAUGACACAGAGGGAGCUGAGACGAUGCCUGUGGCAAGGCACCAUCCUGGGCUUCUACGGCCUGGUGUGUGCCCUGAUCCUAGGGCUCGACCAUCUCAUCUACUCUGUCUUGCAGACGCUUCUGAGCUGGGCACAGGACAUUCCUGGGGUGAACACUGCCAUCUCACUCCAUCUGAAGCAAAAACUCAAACAGGAAGAACCAGUGAAGAGCUCAUACUACGGAUAG